AUGAGCACUUCCCACCCGCCGGUUGUGCCACUUCCCGCCCAUGCGACCACAGGAUCGACCACAGCCCCCAAGAAUGCUCGCCCCGCCUACCCAGACAUGUUAGGCUCACCCCCAGUUCCUCCCCCGAGGACCUCGUCAACACAGCACAGCCGGCGCAGUCCCAACGGGGAGAAGGGCAGUUCUCGACAAGGCAAGAGCAGGUCCGACCGGAAAGAGAACCGUUCUCGUACCCGCGAAGAGCGAAAUGGCCGAUCAAGGAGGCACCCCGAGGAACCACGCGAGGAACAGCAGUCCCGGACGGCACCGAUCGCAGCGGCACACUCGGAUGCCGACGGGACCUCUGACCCAACCUUAGCGCGGGAGCCGAGUACGGUAAUUACGUCGAUGUUCGCCAGCGAUCCCAUCGUCGACCAAGAACGAGAGCAAAUCCGACAAGCUGGCGUCGAAACUGCCUCCUCGUCCGGUUUCGCCGCGACAACGGACAGCACCGAAGAAGCCCGCGGACCUCGGAGCCGUCACGAUUACGCCAAUAAUGGCAAUGUGGUCAAGCGCAAGGAAACCACAUUUGGCUCCUACAUUCUGGGCCAGACCCUCGGUGAGGGUGAAUUCGGAAAGGUCAAACUAGGCUGGAAACGCGAUGGCAGCAUCCAGGUCGCUAUCAAGCUCAUUCGCAGAGACACAUUGGGACACAACCCCAGCAGAUUGCCAAAGAUCUACCGCGAAAUUUCCAUCCUACGCGAGCUGGCACAUCCCAACAUUGUGCGCCUGCACGAAAUGGUAGAGACUGAUCGCCAUAUCGGUAUUAUCAUGGAAUAUGCCUCUGGGGGUGAACUAUUCGACUACAUCCUGAACAAUCGGUACCUGAAGGACAACUCAGCGCGCCGGCUCUUCGCUCAGCUGGUUUCUGGAGUGGGAUAUUUGCAUAAGAAGGGUAUCGUUCACCGCGAUCUCAAGCUAGAGAACUUGCUCCUCGAUCGGAACCGCAACAUUAUCAUCACGGAUUUCGGAUUUGCCAACACGUUUGACCCGGUGGACCCGCUGGACGAAGAGAUUGAAUACAAUCUGACCAACAAGGAAUACGUGAAGCGAAAGCGACUUGACAAGACCGGUGCUAAUGGCCACCGGCGCGGAGACUUGAUGCAGACAAGCUGUGGAAGUCCAUGCUACGCAGCCCCAGAGCUUGUUGUGAGCGAUUCCUUGUACACGGGACGAAAGGUGGAUGUUUGGAGUUGUGGUGUGAUCUUGUACGCCAUGUUGGCCGGAUAUCUUCCAUUCGAUGACGACCCCGCGAACCCAGACGGCGACAACAUCAAUCUCCUCUACAAGUACAUCGUCACUACCCCUCUCACAUUCCCCGAAUAUGUCACACCUCAUGCGCGCGAUCUACUUCGACGAAUACUUGUUCCCGACCCUCGGAAACGUGCAGACCUAUUCGAAGUUGCUCGACACAGUUGGCUGAGCGAGUACUCCAGCAUUGUAUCGCAUAUCACAAGCAGCACCACCAAUGUCGUGGAUAUCGCCAACACCACCGUUUCGUCCGGAGCUCAAAAGGAAGCACCCCCUCUCGUCCGUAGUGCUUCCGUGCGUGAGCCACCAAAGACCGCACAAAGCAAUCUUCCGGCUGUUGGUGGCCUCAGCCAUCACGCCGGGGACGUUUCGCAAGAUCCCCCAAGCGAGAAAUCCAGGACUCCCCGCGAUGCCAAACGACGGACGGUACAAGUCGAGUAUGUCGCUCCUCAGUCGCAGACAACUCGUGGAGAACCACCGGCGGAGAAACCGCCAUCGCGCAGCAGAAUCCCUGUUCCUUCGGAGCCUCAAAACGCUCCUGCGCAGCACUAUGGGGAACCGGCACACAAGCCCGCGGAGGGUACAGCACUCAAUCUCAACAAGCCUCUACCGGGUCAUUUCCCGCGCUCCACCUCCGACAAUGCAGCUCUCACUGGUUCGCAUUCGGCCGCCAUUCCUCAAGGCACACGGCCGGCUACUGGUGGCUCUAUGAACUCCUUUGGCAACACUGGUCGGCUGCCAUCCCGUGGCUCAUAUGGCCAACCCGUGGCUCCCACUGUCACCGCAACCAACACUCAAGGUAGCUUGGCCCAACCUAAGAGCAGACAGUUUGCCCUUCCACAGGAGCCAAUCCAGGCAUCAACCUCGACUGUCAGCCGCCCCAGUACCCAAAAUCAACAAUUGCCCCCUACUUUCAACACCACACCUCGGCAGGAGCCACCAAAGGGCCACAAGAGGUCCAACACUGUGUCCAGUUUGAGCGACAAGUUGUUCGGACGUUCGAGCUCGAUUCUUGGUGGCCGUGGUACCCAAAACAAUUCCUCUCGGACAAAACAGGACAAGCGCUACCCUCCUGUUAGUAUGAAGGAACCGCUUGGUAGAGAAAACUCGAGAAUGUCGAUGGAUUCCCGUCGGUCCAUGCAACAUCCCCACAACCGCAAAGCCAGCGAAUCCGGCACGGAAAAUCGCCCUCGCCGAUUCUCGCUCUUACCUCAAUCGUUCUCCUUCCGAGGAUUUGGCACCACUCGGGCUCAGAGCCCAGAAGACGCUUCACAGACCUCCGAGCCCGCAGAGUCCUAUGUAUCACAGCGUCCAGCGACAGGUCCCGCCGGCCCCGAGCCGGUUGAGAACCAUGGACGUGCACGCGCGACAAGCUACAGCGCCCAGGAAGCCAUGGGACCAGUCAGCGAGAGACCCGGCGAGGACGAUCGUCAUGAGGCUGAGCCUCUCAGCUACGAAGCUCAAAUCGAUCAACAAUUCGCCGAUCUAGGAUCUCAAUUCGACCACCCCAAUGAUUCCUCUUUCGGGAUCCCCUCUGCAGAGCAAGUCUACCAAAACUCCGGAGACCAACACUCGAGCCACACCCAAAGUCAUGGAUCAAAACAAAAUUACUACGAUGACUACAAUUAUGACAGCGCGCCCAGGCAGUCAACGCAGGUCAGCCGACCAAAUCGUGGACCGGGCGUUCUACAAAAGAACCACCGCAAAUUCGCCGAUGCCUACGAGUAUGAGCGCGACGGAUCCCACCACUCCGGCAGCUCUGGGGCAGCCCGCAAAGUCAUGGACUUCUUCCGCAGACGGGCCAAGUCUCGGGCUGGCGACGACCGUUGA